UGGAUGUUUCAGCAAGCUCUGAGUUGAUUUUCAAUAGUUGUUUCUAGUUAAUUUCGCACUCGUUUCGUCAAAGGUUUUCUCUUUUUGGUCUUAAAUUUUAUUGUCUAUACAAAGAAAUGUUUUAUAAAUCUAUAAAGAUUUUUCGUUAGUACAUGCGAUACUGUUAGAAACUGUUUGGCUUCUGCUUCAAAAUUUCACGUUAGUUGCAAGGAGCAAUCGACAGUUUUGUCGAGUAGCCUAGCCACCCACCCAACACACACCGGACGCAGAAGGGAGGGAGGCCGCCGAGGACGGUCACCACGCCCCAGCUCAAGCAAACGUACAGAGAAACGAAAAAAAGAAAGACCGAAGACAGCCGGAUCACCGUUGGAGACGGAGAAGGAGGAGCAGUAGCCAGCAGUAUGACACAGAGUACGCCGGGCGGAUUUUCCGGUCCUGGAAACCGCAACCGGUACUAUAAUCCUGUCUCCAAGAUCCAAUCACUCAUCCAUAACCUUGAUGCGGAACUGGUGCAGCUCUGCAAGCAGUGCUCCGUGCCAAAGCCCUUGACCAACAACAAUGGCAGUAGUAGCAGCUACGCCCAUAAUUACGCGCAUGGCACAGGACCUCUGGGCUCCGGCACAGUCACCAGCUCCAACAUUCCCAUGCAUGGCGGCUUCAGCAGCGGUCAGUAUCGACCGGAAAGUAUCGGCAACUUGCUGGCCCGAGCCCGUUCCUCCAGCUUGACAGCCCGGCCGCCAACGACCAGCUCGCCGAUGGCCCCGGAUGCACACAAGCGGCAGAUGCGCAACGUUUACCGGACACGGGUGAUUGACGCGUACCGAAAUCGACGGAUCUUCACAGUGUACGGGAACUACCACACGGUGAGGCGGGCAUUGAUGCGGCGCGGUUGGCUGGAGAAGCUGCCAGCGGCUCGCCACGCCAAGUUGCAGAACAUGUCCGAGGACGCGCUGCUGGAGCAUGCCAGGCGUGGCAACGAUUACGAGGCGGUGGUCAUCUCAAAGAUGAUCAAUCAUUUUCCGGCCUUCUUCAUUUGGCAGGGUAAGGGUCAGCGCGAUCUUUGCGCCGAGGUGCGUCCUUUCCGGAAUCGGGUGCGCCGCAGCCAGUUCUUAGACUUCUCCACCAAAGUGGGCUUGGUUGGAUGCGCCGAUCAGGAGAGAUGGUACCGUGAAGACGGCGUCUGCGGGAUGAGCUAUCCGCGCUUCUACAGGCUGGGAGGAAACAAUCUUGAGGAGCGUAUGGCCUUCAUCGAGGACUACCAGCAGACCCAGGCCCGCUCUUUGCUGCUGUACAUAAAGGAGCAUCGCCCGUCUGAAAUGAUCAGCGAUACGGGAACUAUAUCCAGCACUACCAUCGACUUUGCCCUGGCCAAGGUCAAAAAGAUGAUACGUCAGGCGGAGCACUACUCCCUGGACGAUGCCCGCAUCAAGCCACCCACUCCCGCCGAGAUUGUCGAGAACCAGACGUUCAUGGUCCAGUCCACAGAUCUGCUCAAAUCCAACGCCAAGUUUAAAGUCAGCGAGAAGGUGAUGUCCGAGUACGCUCGUCUGGCGGGUAUCUACCUCGAUCAGAUUGAAUCGCUCCGCCCGGACUACCGCUGGGACGGAAGCCGCAACCUUUGGAUCCUGAAGCCGGGCUACCAGUCGCGUGGUAUUGGUAUCGUGAUACGCAGCUCUCUGGACGACAUCCUGCAGUGGACGUCGAAUAAUCAGAACAAGAAGUACAUUGUCCAGAAGUACAUAGAACGACCUCUCCUCGUUUACCGUACCAAGUUUGACAUCCGGCAGUACAUGCUACUGACAAUCACGGAAACGAAAGUGAGCAUCUGGAUGUACCGCGACUGCUAUCUGCGCUUUAGCUCCCAGGAGUUCACCAUGGACGAUCUGCGGGAGUCGAUCCACCUGACCAACAACUCGGUUCAGAAGCGUUACAAGAACAAGCUCAAUCGCGAUACCCGGCUUCCAAAACACAACAUGUGGUCGCUGGACCAGUUCAAAAGCCAUCUCCAUCAUGUGGGUGCGCCGGACGGGACGUGGACAAAGAUCUACAACGGAUUCAAGCAAAAUCUGGUGGCAGUAGUGAUGGCUAGUAUAGACGAGACGGAGUUGGUGCAAAACGCUUUCGAGCUAUAUGGGUGCGAUUUUAUGGUGGACGAGCAUUAUAAUCCCAUUCUGAUUGAGAUUAACUCCACCCCGGAUCUCUCACCCUCGACGGAGAUCACAGCCAGGAUCUGUCCCAUGGCCCUAAAGGACUGCAUUCGUGUGGUAGUGGAUCUGCCCAAGAACUCUUCUGCGGGGACCGGACUCUUUGAACGCGUCUUUGAGGUCAACUACAGUAUAAACAAGGGGUCGGAUGGAAAACCGCUAGAGCUUAAUGGCAAACAGAUGACGCUCUUCGAAAAUCUUCCAAAGAUGAGGAACAGCCCGAGGACACGGCUUCUGCGGAAAAUAUUAAACAAUGUGAAGACCUCCAAUAGCCGAAAGCUGGAUAAGAUCAAGGAACCCCAGAUAAAAGCCAUAAGGGGCAUACCUAUCAAGACUGCCAGGAAAAAUGUAUCUGAUUCGAAAGCAAGUUCAAGUGCGCCCUCAGCACAGCCUUCCUCACACAAUGUGUCACCCAAGGCUAUCCUGAAUCCAACAACACGUGAAAAUCUUGCACUUCAGUACACCGCACCGAAAUAAAAAUUGGAAGAAAUAUGGACUGUAUUAGUAAACACUUAUAAAUUCUUCUAAGUAAUAGCCACGAACGCUCACCCCCCGAAGAUAUAAAAAAUAAAUUUAAAAGCUUCUAAAUCAUGAAUUCUGUAUGAAGAAUGCUGUGACGACUUAUAACAAAAUAUGGGACUUGACGAUGCUAUAGCUUCACCAUCUGCGUCUGCAAGAUUGCAUCAACAGGGCAGUGAAUAUCAAGAAUAUGCAGACAAAGCUUUAUUUAAAUGUAUCGAACAGAAAUUAUUUAUUAUAUUUUGGAGUCGCAAUAUCGUUCCCGACAGAUUUCCCAAAUAUAAUCUCACAAUCAAUCGGUAUUCCUGAAAAAUUCUGCCACCCAAGAAAAAGAAAAUGCUGGUUUUGGAUAUUGGAACACCCAUCAACAUGAUGUCAUACAUCAAAAUAUAAAUGUAGCAAUAAAAUUCGAUAUGAUCUUUA